ACAACUUUGUUAUUUGAUCCUUGAAUUGAUGCAAAUGAUGCUAUUUACACGUUUUCAUCCAAAAGAUCGCCAUUUAGUUUUCAGUAUUGUCUUUUUCCUGUGUAAUACAGCAGUAUGUGGCGGUAAUGACACAUUCAACCGAGGAAACCGAGAACUUCAAACAAAACCGCAAACGAUAAGAAUCCAUGCUCAGUACAUGGAGAUAGAACUGAAUUCAGUAGAGACGGGAAGGCUAGAAGAUGCCUUAGGGAGUGUGAUUAACAGGGUGUCGUCCAUCUUUAAAGUUAUUCCUGUCAAAAGUCCUUUGAUAUUGAAAAGAAAAGGAGGAUGUUUUAAACAGUGGACUACAGGUAGAAACAAGAAUAGAUGCCGAUUCUAUGACAGAAAAUAUCCUGCCAUUGGAGAAGAAUGUAACAAGGAGUUUAAGGUUCCAAGUUCUCACCUAUCUGAGCUUUCAGUGUGGGGCGAGACAGAAGAAGAGCCCCUGGAUGUCAGGUACCCCCAGGGAGAGGGUGUGAGGGACACAGAUUUUGUGCUUUAUGUCAGAGCAGUUAGCUCAUUUGCUUGUACCCAGGUGAGUAUUUUGCAUCAUUAUUUUUCUAAAGCUGUGUUUUCAAAAUGAAAAAUCAUACACAUUGUGUAAAGCAAAAUAAUAUUUACCAUAAUAAGACCAGUCAUAAGAACUAUAUAGUGAAAAUAUAUGUUAUUUUCUAGGUACAGAAAUUCUUUUUGCAAUGAAUUUGAGAAAAAGUUUCUGGC